GCGCAUGCACGCUCAAGGAAACCAGUAGGUUGCGAAACCAGAAGGCACAUAACACUGUGAGAGCUUGGCGUAUUUCGAGUAAGACCCUUCUUGUGAUGUUAAAAGAAAUGGAAAACUCAACCUCUUCAAAUACCAGCACGUUCUUGGACUCAGAGUUCCGUUACAGUCUAUUCACUUUGUUCUACGGCAUUGUGUUUGUCCUGGGGCUGAGCGCAAACACAUACGUUCUGUACGUCCUGCACCAUCUAAGAGAUGCACGAGCCGUGAACGAGGUCCGCAUCUACAUGACCAACCUGACAGUGGCCGACCUGCUCUUUGUUGCUGCCCUGCCUUUCUGGAUUGGCUACUAUGCCCGCCGUGGUAAUUGGGUCUACGGCGACGGCAUGUGUCGGAUCACUGGCUCGCUCUUCUUCAUCAACACCUACUGCUCCAUCCUCUUCCUUACCGUGAUCAGUAUCAACCGCUACUGGGCCGUGACGCGACCACUGGAGGCUGCCAAGUCAGACCACUGGCGACGAGGUGUAUGUGUGUCGGUGGGCAUCUGGGCAUGCACGCUAUCUGCCACCAUCCCUUACCUGGUCACACCUGGCACGCAGGUGGAUGGCGAUGUGAGCCGCUGUCUUGAGGGCUACCAGAAUGAGACGCAUGACAAACGCAUCAAUGUGGCAAUCACGCACUUUGUCAUCAUCGCGCUGUUCUUCGUGGUCUUUCUGCUGGUUGUGGUGUGCAAUGUGCUGAUCGCUAAAGCUCUUCUCACUCAACCGCUCAUCAAGGAACGCUCUGUAGUGCAAAGCACAUCUGGCGGUGGCAGCUCCAGAACUCAGCCUGGUGGGACCAAGCGCCGGGCAGUGCGCAUGCUGUGUGCGGUUGUCACUGUGUUUGCCGUGUGCUUCCUACCGCACCAUGUGGUGCAGGGGCCAUGGACGCUGGUUGUGCUGCAGCUGGACGACGGCUGGUCACAGAGCACCAGGCAGCGCCUCAAUGACGCCCACCAGGUCACCUACAUGCUCAUGGGGCUCAACUGCCUUCUGGACCCUGUGGUGUAUUGCUUUGCCACCAGGAAGUUCCGCCAGUAUAUCAUGAGCCACUUCGGCAGGUUCAGCAGAGUCAGAGGAUGCCAAAAGACCGUCACUACCAACAUCUCCAUGGCCAACCAAAAUCAGAGCAUUUCUUCUAAUGGAUCAGAUAAGGACUCACCCAAAAUAUUGGUAGACUCCUCCCUACCUCUUCCCAAAACCAAUGCAACUGCAGAAUAAAUAUAUUGGUUACGGGAGUUACACUUGUAUAGGCAUGUAGACAUAACACUUGUAUAGGCAUGUAGACAUACUGUGCACAGUGCAACACAGGAUGUAACCUGGCUGAAACCCAUACCCUGCAUGAUGAUGUACCCCUUCUAAAAUGGAACUGCAGGUGUGAACAUUCACAUCCACAUCUGAACAUCCACAUGGUGAACAUUUUGCAUAUUUCUGAUUUGUACAGGAAAUACCCAAAGAAAAACAUAGAAAAUAGAUUUGAAAGCAGCUGUGAAAAUAAACAUGCAUUUCACUCAGCAGGAUUUAUUUUAUUUUCAAUCCAACAAUGGCCCCUAAUUUAAAAGGUGGGGCAAGUGCAAAGUCUUGAACUAUAGCUUUCAUCUUGCAUGUGGUAGCACUGAAUGGACUCACCACUGAAGGCAUUUACAUGCACAUAAAAACUGAUUAUGAUCGGGCAAUCUUAGUAUUCAAGUGCUCAUGUAAACGGAAUAAAACAACAUUCAUUAUUUGUUUAUGGAAAAAUCUGUUAAACACAACUUUCUGUCAAUAUUUUUCUUUAGUGUGCAUGAAAAUGCACUCAAUGUUUCUGAUGUAGGUCAUCAUAAAAUUAGUGAUGGGUAUGUCUUAUUUGAAGUUACUCAAUCCCACUCAGGGAAGCAUUUCUGUUUUGGCAGCUACUGUAUACUGGAUAGUAUGUGUGUUAAAUGUGCCUUUUGGUGUUUUCAGACCUGAGUGAGUGUGACGUGGGACUGGCUGCUUGGAUCUAGUUAGUCUAGUGUGAUCAGGUCAGGAUCACGAGUAAUCACAAUCACCUGUGUGUGCGGGGUGACUCAUUUCUCUCCUCCACUCCUGUUUUCCUGGGCUAGCUCAGCGUGGAAAAGGCCAAGGUAGGCACUGGCCAUUGUUCUCAUAGUGCAACUGUCCUCCCUUGAACAUGUAUUUGGUACAAUGUUUUACGUAAAAUGUAUGUUUUAUAUUAACAAUGGCGAGUCAUGUAAUUGCUAUUCAUUGUUGACACAAAACGUCAAAUGUGUGUGAUGAAGAUGGGUCAGGGUAUUACACUUCUCUGUAGUAGGUCACAGUUGGCUGUUAGUACCACAGGUUGACCACUGCUUUCCCCUGUGAGAAGUUUUGUAUGAAUCUAACAUAGUAGCAACGAGACUUUCUCAUUGUCCUCGCCAGUGUGGCCUGCCAGAUCAAUUGAGUAACACAUCUAAAGUAACUUUGAGUCUGCAGCCUUCCUCUAGUUUGUGGUGUGUCAUUUCCUAAUGGUUAAGCGUGUACUGAUACUCCUAUUUAUACCUUUGUGGUCUAACUGUGCCUAGAUCACUUCCGGUGAGGCAUUCAUCGGAGAGUUACUUCCAUGUUAUUUCAGGCCUCAUAGAAACCUACUCACUAGACAUUUCAGCUUUAUUGUUGAAUGUAUGUUAAAUGUUAUUUUGGUUAUAUUGUGGUGUGUAUUAUGUGUAUUAUGUGCUUUGGCGCACCCCUACCAAUGGUUUCAAACAAAAAAAGAAAUAAUAAAUACAUCAUU